CCCUCCUCUCACAUCCUCACACAAUCAAAGAAAAUGAAUCCAUCCUCUUCUUCUUCUUCUUCACUUUCUCCUCCAGUCAUCCACCAUCUUUACCUCCUCCUUCUCUACCUAUAAGCUUAUCGAUCCCUCUUGAUUUCACCAUAUAUAUAUAUAUAUAUCUUGAGCGAUCUGUGUUCUUGUCUGUUCAUAUAUAUAUAUAUAUAUAUAUAUCAUCAUGGGGUCUGCUAUUUCUGCAGAUAACAAGGUCGUUUCAGAAGGAGGAUUAAUGUCCAGCCCUGGCCUCGGUGAUAUUCCAGAAAGCUGUAUUUCACGUGUGCUCAUGAAUUUUGACCCACCAGAUAUCUGCAGAUUGGCGCGAGUGAACAAGGCCUUUCACAGAGCUUCUUCUGCAGAUUUUGUGUGGGAAUCUAAGCUUCCUUGUGCCUACAAGUUUCUGCUCCACCAAGUUCUUGGUGAUAAUGAAGAUCACCAUAAUCAAAAUCUCUACCAUUCCUUCACCAAGAAACAGAUUUACGCUAUUCUCUGUCGACCCAACCGCUUCCAUUCCGGUACCAAAGAAGUGUGGUUGGAUAAGGCUAGUGGGCAAGUUUGUUUGUUAAUGUCAUCGAAGUGCAUGAAGAUUACUGGAAUAGAUGACAGAAGAUACUGGAAUUAUAUUCCAACUGAGGAAUCCAGAUUUAGAAGUAUUGCCUAUCUCCAGCAAAUGUGGUGGGUGGAAGUGGCAGGUGAGGUGGGAUUUGAAUUCCCCAAAGGGAAAUACAGCCUAUAUUUCAGACUCCAAUUGGGCCGGGCCUCAAAAAGAUUGGGCCGACGGGUCUGUAACGUGGAUCAAGUACACGGGUGGAACAUCAAACCCGUCCGAUUUGAGCUAUCUACAUCGGACGGCCAGCAUGCGCUCUCGGAAUGUUAUCUUCUUGGGCCUGGUGAUUGGGCCAACUAUCAUGUCGGAGAUUUUGAAGCUGGAAAUUCCGAUGGGCCCAUAAAUAUUAAGUUUUCGUUGGCCCAAAUUGAUUGCACACACACCAAGGGUGGUCUCUCCGUAGACUGUGCUUUCAUAUGCCCCACUCAGUUCUCCAAAACGGAUAUGAGCUAAAUAUUUUUUUAUUAUCAUUCGUGAACUAUAUAUUAUGAUGAAGGGAAAAAAUGGUUAUUGGAAAAUAAAUAAAUAUUUGAGUUGCAUCAAUUUAUUUUUAUUUUGUUAUAUUUUUAGAUAAAAAUUAAUUCUUUGGU